ACGCGCCUACGCAUUUUCGCGCUGUCAGUUUAGCAGCGACAGGCUACCGCACAGUGUCAAAAUUAUUGAUGGCGCAGGAGGCGGACGAAAUAGAUAUAAUGAUUAAUUAUCAAGGGGGUUUCGAAAAAAUAGACCGGAAAAACAGCCGUUAUCCUUAUUGUAUCGUUUGGACACCUAUUCCAAUACUGUCGUGGUUGCUCCCCUUCAUUGGUCACAUGGGGAUCUGUACUUCUGCAGGCGUGAUAAGAGACUUCGCUGGAUCGUACUUAGUGUCUGAAGAUAAUAUGGCCUUUGGAAGACCAACAAAGUACUGGAAGCUUGAUGUUGAUAAGGUGUGUGGCACUGGCUCAGCUGCCUGGGACAAGGCAGUGCACGAUGCAUCGGAGGAGUACAAAUGCAGGCCGCACAACCUCUGCUGUGAUAACUGCCACUCCCACGUGGCCCUGGCCCUUAACCUCAUGCGUUACGACAACAGAACGUCCUGGAACAUGGUCAACCUAUGCCUGCAGUCCCUUAUCCAUGGCAAGCAUGUCAGCUGUGUGUCGUUCCUCAAGACCUGGCUGCCCUUCCUUAUGUUGACUGGAGCCCUCGUCACCUUCAUCCUAACGCUCAACCUGCACUGACCACGCAAGGGACACGGAGAGGCAGAUGGAGUGGAGAGAUAACACAAGGGAUUUUACUGCUCCGUCGUAAUCAUAAAAGUGAAAGGAGAAGAAUAAACGUUUCGAUGGGAUACUUCUUUGUGCAGCACUAAUAUUCACACUCGUAGUUAUGUCCAGCUGUUCUGGCAUGUUUUGAAGUGCCUUUUACUAGAUUCAGAAAGGAAUGUCAUAUAAAUGACUGUUUGGCUGGGGAUAGUCAUAACCAUACAUAUAGAACUGAUAUAGCAUCUGCUAAAUGACGAUCAUUUAAAUGUAAAUAUAUUGUCUAAGGUCAUAAAUUCAAAUUGGUCUCUCUCACUGGUCCCUAAACCCCAUUUAACCAGUGUGGGCCACCCUUCACUCUUAAAUGCCCCCCAGCUAAUACCCACUCAACAUCAUUUUACUUUGUAAUUGUUUACUGUAUUUUAUCAGACAGUGUUCGUUUUUCAUGCAAUAAGUUCUCUGAAGCAACAUGCUUGGGAAUGUUAAUAUACUGUACAGUAGUCCAUAAUCAUGACCACUCAUUCGAUAGAAUUACAGAAAUGAUGGGCAAUAAGCUAUACCAUAGGCUAGUAAAGUCAAAUCAAUUUGUAUUUGUCAUGCUUCGUAAACAACAGGUGUAGACUAACAGUGAAAUGCUUCCCAUCAAUGCAGAGACAGAAAAUAUAGAAAAGUAAUAAUAAAUACAGCGUAACGCUAACCUUGCUAUGGGGUAGCAGUACAGAGUCGAUGUGCAGGGGUACGAGGUAAUUGAGGUAGAUAUGUACAUAUAACUAGGAAUAAAGUGGUUAGGCAACAGGAUAUAUAAUAAACAGUUGCAACAGCGUAUGUGAUCAGUCAAAAAAGUUUGUGCAAAAAUUGGGUCAAUGCAGAUAGUCUGGGUAGUUAUUUAUUUAACUGAACUAUUUAACAGUCUUAUGACUUGGGGGUAGAAGCUGUUCAGGGUCCUGUUGGUUCCAGACUUGGUACAUCGGUACCGCUUGCCGUGCAGUAGCAGAGAGAACAGUCUAUGACUUGGAUGGCUGGAGUCAUUAACUGCCUGUUAUUGAGGUCCUGGAUGACAGGGAGCUCGGCCCGAGUGAGGGCGGCACGUAGCCUCGAGCUUAGAACGUUGGGUUCGAAUACCGGAACCACAAGGAGAAAAACAAAUCUGUCGCUAAUUGCUAACCCUAAUUGCUCCAGGGGCGCUGGACAAUGGCGACCCUGGCCGUGACCCCCCACUCCCUGCGGGUGUCUCAGGGGAGUUGGCAUAUGCCACCCAAAAAACAUUUCCAUUACACACUUGUGUGUAGCAGGACAAAUAUAAGCACCGCCCAAAUUAUUAUAUGCACUGGGCCGUGGGCACUACCCUCUGUUUUGUGUUAUUUAUAGGAACAAAUAUAAAUAAAUGUACAUAAUAUG